AUCAUCACUAAAGCCUCCAUGACAAAGAGCUUUUAAAUCAAAAUCAGCAGGUAUAGUGUGCAUGUCAAAAAGCUUUGGCGGGUUUGUCAGUAUCUGGCACAUUUGCUCACUUGUUUUACAAGUUAUUGAGUUCUAUUUUCUGCCAGCUUGUUGUCAGAAGUGUACAGAUAAAGAUCUCGCCCAGGGACGAACAGGAAGCAACAUCUGCACUUCAGUUUCUCACUGUUUCUAGUCACAUAGUUAAGGCUGUGCUGGUUCGGAGGCAGUUCAUCCUCUCUGCUCGUUUGAGAGCAUCACAAUCGCUGUCAUCUAGAGGCAGGCAGACCUCAUCAACGAAUAUGGAUUUUUAUCUGAUUGAAGAAGGUUAUCACGGAAACAUCACCAUGUCAAAUAGCACUGAAGAGCCCCUCACAUCCAUGACGGAUGAUUAUUCAAGCUAUUACGACUACGAUAACAACCAAACCUCCUUUGUAUGUGAGCAGGAUGAUAUCAGGACAUUUAGUAAGGGGUUUCUGGUGACCAUCUACACUUUGGUGUUCAUCCUGGGCUUCUUAGGAAACGGCCUGGUCGUCUGUGUCCUAGUGAAACACCGCAACCAGACCAACAUGACUGACAUGUGUCUCUUCAACCUGGCCUUCUCUGAUCUCAUCUUCCUCCUCACGCUCCCAUUCUACAGUCACUAUGCUAUGGUUGGCAAGUGGACCUUCGGUGACUUCAUGUGUCGUUUCCUGUCCUGCUCCCACACCACCGGCUUCUUCAGCAGCAUCUUCUUCAUGGUUGUCAUGACGCUGGACCGCUACAUGGUUAUCAUGUACGCUCACAAGGUGGCACGGUAUCGCACAACAAAGACGUGCUUUUCUCUGAUUGUGUUGAUUUGGAUCAUGAGUGUCUGCGUGUCUCUGCCAACCUUCGUCUUUACAAAGUUAGAAAAUGACGGCGAAACAGUCAGCUGUUUUUACGGACCGGACAGUGAAGGCUGGGUCUACUACGAUCUGUUUGCUACAAAUAUUCUCGGUCUCGUGAUUCCCAUGCUGGUGAUGGUGGCUUGCUACUCGAGGAUAAUCCCCACUCUGGUGAAAAUGAGGACGGCCAAAAGGCACAGAAUCGUCAAGCUCAUCAUCUCCAUAAUGAUCGUCUUCUUCCUGUUCUGGGCGCCGUAUCACAUUUCCCGCUUCUUGAAGUUCCUGUAUUCCAUAGACCUACUAGCCAGCGGCUGCAGCGUGGAGACGAGCAUCAAGGUGUCGAUCACAGUGUCCGAGGCAAUCGCGUACACACACUGCUGCCUGAACCCCAUCAUAUACGCCUUCGUGGGGCAAAAGUUCAUGAGACGAGCCAUGCAGUUGCUGAAGAAAUGGGCACCUGGCCCAGUGAGUUUCACGGAGAGCUCAUUCAGGAGAAGUUCAGUUGUGUCCAAAUCCUCUGUCACCUCCACUGUCAUCAUGUAGGAGCUACAAGUGGACAUUUGGAUGUUGGUAGAGACUAAUGAGGCACUCCAGGCCACUUGGUGUCCUUGAUGUGGUUUUAUCAUUAAGACGACAACAUUCAUCAGUAUCGACUCUUAAAUGCAAUCUCUGUACAUCCUUUGAACCCUUUGUGUUUUGUUUUAAUCAAGACACUUCCUCCUCAUGACGUUGGAUGCAGAAAGGGUAUCAGGCCAACUUUACAGUUUGUAACGGCUUGCAACCACAAAGAUCUUCACAGUCACUUCAGAUAACACCGUUUUGUUAUUUCUUCCUCACACCUUUGUGAACUGAUGCUAAAUAAUAACAAUAAUAAAAAAAUAAAUAAAAAAAAUGUCUUCCAGCAGAGAGCUUUUGCAUCCUGCCCUGCACGGUGUUUUGCAUUCAUUGAAAAAAUUUUGCUUACUGUGCAGUUGAACAAUUUGUAGGACAUUUUUCAAAAGUUAUCAAAAAGAGUUGUAUUGUUAUCCUGUCUGCUGUAAUAUGUUCUGCUUUUUUAUAAUAAAAUUACUUUCCAGUUUUCAAAUCUGUCAACUUUUCACUUGAGAAUGUUUGAGGUAGUAUGUGAUCUUUCUCUCAGUUGAUGUGGCAGUCUGCUUUGUAGGAGUAUUGCUCAUCUGAAGACUGGAAGGCAAGUGGGACUUUUUUCUCCUUUUAUCUGCCAGAUUAGCAAAAUCUGCGAGCUUUUGCAUCGUGUUAGCUACUUUCAUAUAUUGGUGUAGAUGGUAAAACCGAGAGAAGAGGCAUGUACCGAGUGAGUCUCUCGCAAGACAAGGUAUGGCAGGAUAUUUUUUGGUGUACAUAUAUUUUCUUUAUUUUGCUCACAAUAUGUGCUUCAAGUAGCUCAGCUUAUAACAGGAAAUACGAUUAUCUACUGUAACUAUGUGAUACACAGCUCUACAUUACAAUGUCACCAGGUGACUCUGAACCCAUCCAAGCGCUGAACAAAUCCUUAGUACAGAUAAAUGUGUGGAUGUGCCAAAACUUUCUUCAGUCGAAUGGAAACAAAACUGAAGUUAUUUUCUUUGAAAACAUAAUCAAUGAAACAUUAAUCGACAUUCUGAUGUGUAACAACGACAAAAUGUAAUGUUUCGAUUGUUGACUGUGUGUUCCACAACCUUGUACUUUUGUUUUUUUGACGAUGUAAAGUACU